AAUAUUUUUGCAUUUGCUUCAUUUCUAAAUUCGGCGCAAACAUAUUUCGUAUUCUCUACAAUUUCGUGAUCUAAAUCUUAAUUUUCUUCUUAUAUUAAAUAACUAAAAACUUUGUUCCUGUUGUGAAAUGUCUGCUCCGCUAGAAAAUCUUGAAACCCAGUUGGAGAUGUUUAUCGAAAAUGUCCGCCAGAUUCGCAUUAUUGUAAGCGACUUCCAGCCACAGGGUCAGAAUGUGCUGAACCAAAAGAUUCAAGGUUUAGUGACCGGUCUACAGGAAAUCGAUAAGCUCAAAAACCAAGUGCAAGAUGUUUUCGUCCCAUUCGAAGUAUUCGAUUACAUUGAUCAGGACAAGAAUCCUCAAUUAUAUACAAAAGAUUGCGUUGAAAAGGCAUUGGCCAAGAACGAGGAAGUUAAAGGCAAAAUUGAUGCUUACCGCAAAUUUAAAGCCAACAUGUUAUUAGAGUUAUUCAAAACGUUUCCAAAUGAAAUGAAUAUGUAUCGUGCAUACCGCCCGGAUUCUAUUUAAGUGUAUUGAGUGCAUAAGAAGGCGUUAACUUCUUACGACUUUGUAAUUUUUGUAUAAGUUAAACAAAAAAUGUGUGUACAUUUAGAUACAGUAUUUUAAUAAA